UCAUCAUUAAGGUUCAGCUUGGAUCGUGAAAGUCCACACAGAAAGUAAUUGCUUGAUUUACAUUAGAUAUGUAAGUUACAUAACAAUUGGAUCUGGUCCACCUUUUGGGGUUUGAUUGCUAUAAUGAUGUGAAAUUGGUAGCCUCUUUAGGAAUUUGAUCUGCCAGCUGGACUACUCUUGCCGAAUUAAAUGCAAAUCAGACCAAUUUGUAUUUAGACUCUCGUGAUCAAACUCCUCAUGAAGGAAGGGGAGAGGAAGAGAUUAAGAGAACCUUGCUGGCACAGUACAUUCUAUUUUGUUUAAUCAGUAUGCAUGCCAAAAGUGAAAUCUUUCUUACAAGAUGCUGUAUGUCUCUUUUGGUAUUUUUACCAGUUAAGUGUUUGAAACUUUUGACCGACUGCCAAUACAAUAAUUUCUUUAGGUCCUCCACUACUUGGAAACUCUAAGACCUCAUCAACUGCUUGAGCAGAUGGUUUGCACUGCCUUCAAAGUAUCCUCUGACACUCUUAGUCAGACCUCUUUUGGUGGUCUAAAACAGAUGACGACCAGAAUGGAUCAGCUGUACCUGACAAUAGCAUCCAUUUUGAAGCCUUUGCAAGCAAAUGUCUUGCCUGAGAAGGUUGAGAUGAUAGAUGACCUGAGGAGAUUAUGUGUCAUCUUUGAACAUGUGGAGAAGCUUCUAAUCCUUGCAGCUUCCAUGCAUCGUAAGCUAUCUCAAGCACCACGUCUUUCAGAAGCAAGUUUCAGUGACUGUUACAGUUAUUAUAGCCCAAGAAUGGGAACAGGCAAAUUAGAGAGCAACAUUCGGAAGGAAUUCAAUACGAAGCAACAGGUGCGGAGGUAUGAGAGACACAUUGUGGAGAAUCUGUUUACACCACCUACAGCCAACCAAUCAUGGAGAAAAGUUCUAAGCAUGGGCAAUCUUCUUAAUGGCCAUGAGCCGGUUGUGAGGGAAAUCAUUUUCUUCAUACAGGAUAGCAUGAGCCAUGAUCAUUACGGGGAUCGGAGGAGCCCCCACGAAGAUAUCGAGACACAUCGGAUGUACAUAUGUGGAACAUCUAAUGAUCUCCGGGUAGCACAUUCUGUUACCUCAUGUGAUUAAUCUUUCUAGCAUUUCUUAUUGUCAUUCUAAUGUAAUUAUCUAUUGAUAGAUUUGUUUCUUAUGUUUAUUUAGUUGAAAUAAAUUGAAGAACAUUUUUGAAAGACUCAUUAUCAUUUUUGUUUAAUCGAUAUAGAUUGAAUAAAUAUAUAGAACACAAACAAAAAAAGUAAAUAUGAUGCAGAGCAAA